AUGGAUGUGCAACAACUCUUCAGAAAUCUUCAGAAAGAAGCAGAGUGUCCGUUGUGUUUAGAGACAGUUAACAAUCCCAAGACUUUGCCAUGUCUUCACUCAUUCUGUCUCGAGUGUCUCGACAAACAUGCAGGCUUCGCCAGAAGGCAGCUGCAAGCGACGAUCAAAUGUCCGGUUUGUCAGACAUCUUUUCAAAUCCCCGAAGGCGACUCGUUCAAGAACUUGCCCACAUCUUAUCAUCUCAACCGAUUGGUGGAUGUUCUGGCUCUUAAAGAUAGCGGCGCACAGGCCCAGAAAUGUGGCAGUUGUGAUGAGAACAACACCGCUUCCUCUUACUGUUUCGUCUGCCAGAACUUUCUAUGUACUCCUUGUUUUGAAGCUCAUCAACGCUUGAAGGCCACAAGAGGUCAUCGUAAUGUUGUGAUAGAGAAAUUGCAAGUGCAAGAUGUGGAAGAUUUGAUCCACAGACCCGUCAUGUGUUCACAGCAAUAUCACGAAAAUCAACCGCUGGAAUUUUAUUGCGAAGAAUGCAAAGUUCCUAUUUGCCACAAGUGCAGUGUAGUUAGCCAUAAUCGACACACCAUGACAGACACUCAGAAAGCCGCAAAAGUACAAAAGAUGCAAAUGAUGGACGCUUUGGAGAAAGUGAAAGCGGAAACCGUUGUUUACGAGAAAAAAGUACGGAAACAAACCGAGUUAAUGGAUAAGAACAAGAAAGAAAUUAUGUCGUGCGAAAAGAAGAUGACAGAUUUAGUGGAAGAUUUGAUUCGUGAUUUGCGGGAACAUGAGAGGAUCAAGAAAACCAAAUUUGCUGAAAUUUAUGAAGCGCAACAAAAACAUCACGCAACACGACUAGAAAACUUUGAGUUGGUUUUGACUCAACUGAAAAGUUGCGUUGAACGAGGUGAGAGUAUCGUACAAAGAAACAUUAGCGCUGAAAUUCUGCAAACAAACCAAGCCAUUAUUAAACGCUGUGAAGAACUUCUAAAAGCCAAAAAACCUGAAAUUUAUAAACCUUCACACGUGCAUUAUAUGGUUGAACAGAAAGUGAAGAUUUUGGAUCGUAUUGUUGUCAGUGACACAGAUCCUUCGCUGUCGUUGGCUGAAGUGGCAAGUCUAAAAGAUGUAAGGGAGAAAACGGAAACAAAUUUUACCAUUGUAACCCGAAAUUCGGAUGGUGAACAGUGUUAUAAUGAAGAGGAUGUGGUUAAAGUCAACAUAUUGAGUCCCGCAGGUGAUCAACUGGAAAAAGAGAUAAAAGACAGCAAAGACGGCAAGUACACGGUAACAUACACACCACAGUGUGUUGGACAACAUGGAGUAGAGAUCCAAAUUAAUGGACAGCAACUGACUGGUAGCCCCUGGGUUGUGCAGGUGAUUCCGCAUCAGUAUCAAUUUGCGUUUCAAUUUGGCUCAAACGGAAAAGAGCAAGGACAGUUUAAGGGUCCUUGGGGUAUUGCUUUUAGUGAUAAAAGUAGAAUCCUUGCUGUUGCUGAUUCAGACAAUGAGAGAGUUCAGAUGUUUGGCUUUGAUGGGAAUUUCCUUAGAGAGUUUUCACUGAAGGGUCGCCCUCUUUCGUUGGCUUUUACAGAGUUAGGUGACCUCCUUGUUUGUGACCAAAGCACCCAAAAAAUUUUAGUCUUUACUGAAAAUGGUCAGUUUAUCAGAUACAUUGGCGGUGAACAUGUAAAGAGACCGUACCACGUAUCCGUUAUCAGUGAUGGUCGCAUUAUCACAAGUGACAGUGAUGACAAGAGAAUCAAAGUCCUUACACCUGAUGGGAAAGAUUUACUUCAGUCCUUUAAAGCCCCGGGUUGUGGUGAAACCCCAGACUGUGUCAUUUAUCACAAAGACCAAUUCUUUGCUUCUUUUUCUGAUGCUUGUCUUGUCAUGGUAUUUAACAUCGCAGGGGAGUAUCUACAUGACAUUGGCAGUAAUGGAUCUGAUGACGGGCAGUUCUCGUGUCCCAUUGGUCUCGCUAUUGACAAGUUUAACCGUUUGAUCGUUUGCGAUAUGGGAAACAGAAGACUGCAACUUUUCACUCUUGAUGGAAAGUAUAUCACUCAGAUACCUGGAAGUUUUUUUGAGGGUGGCCAUCCUGGUUAUGCUGUCAUCUCCAGAACUGGAUAUUUGUUUGUUACUGAUACUAGUCGACAGUGUGUUCAUGUUUUCCAUUAGCUCUGCGAUCCACCGGUUCUGUGAGAUAAUUAAACAGUAAAUAUGAUAUGCUAGCAAAUAAUACUAACUACGAUACAUUGUCUUGGUUUUGUUGUUUGAAAGACACGCUUCUUAUUUACAGACCUUAAGAAAAAUGUCUGUCUGUUGAAAGAAAGGCAGAUCUAAUAGCCAUUACCCUGCGAGCAGAGGUUUCUCUCUUGUAUGGCUUUCAGCGCUUGACGAAGUCGUUCCCAUCGUAUGUCAGUCAAGUAGGUGGUUCGUUUUAAAUGGCCCAGGAGUAUAAAACAAACCAACAACGCGACUGACAGCGACGCGAACGACUUCAUAAACUCUAAAACCCAAAAGAGAAACUUUUGCUUGGAAUUUAAAUAGCCAUAAUUUCACGAGUACAAUGUUCGGUUAUCGCAAGGUAGCGAUGAUUUGUUUGUUUUUCUUUUUUAAAUUUUACUUUUACUUUUACAAACAUAUAAACUGUUAUAUUUUAUUACAGGGGAACUCAUUCAUUCACUAUUUAGAUCCGGGUGUAGCUUCUUGCUUUCUGUGAAUACAUAUGACUGUUUUUAGAUAUAGCACUUUGUAGUCUUGUGCUUUCACCCAACCGCAACAGAGAGAGUGAGCAAUCGAAUAGUUAUACACUCAACUCCAUCGGAGGUGGACACGAAAGUUGUCUGCCCUAUAUAGAGAGAAUCAAAGAAAAAUGAACGAAAAACGACCGGGGUCAACUCGUAAGUGUUUAUUUUAGCGAGAUGUCCGUCUAUUUUAGAUGCAGGUUAAGAGAGAGAUUGUACAUCGCCUAUUAUACAUCCGGCAAUAGCUUGUGUAUCAUAAUUCUAAAAGGAGUGAUUUUUUUUUCAAGUAGUUGUGUGCAUGUUUGCUUAAAAUGAGGUUGAACAUGAAGCGAGCAGGUUGUUACUUUAAUGUGGUGGCGACUUGCCUACUUCCCCAGGGGCCCGGUUGCAUAAAACCUGCACUUAGGUGCUCACUUAAGUAGGUCACUUACGAGUCCGCUAUGGGUACACGUACGGGUGUUGCAUAGAACGCACUUACACUCUCCUAAUUUUCUUUUUUUCGUGGUAACUUACGGGCUCACUUAAGGACACACGCAAUUUUGUUAUAAUUCUUUAUUAGUUUGACUCACUCACUGGUAAGUAUAAAGAAAGUGCUAAUAAAGAAAAACUUUUUUCACUCCUUAUUAAAAGUUCUCGUUAACGUUGGUAAAAUUUAUUUUAUUUUACUUUAAACAAGAUACUGUUUACCUGAUUGUGACGGACGUUUUAUGCAACCAUACCCAGGUUCCCUCGCCGCAAUUUCCAUCUCCUUGGAGUGCAGGAGAGAGCCUGUAUUACCUUACCUCGUUUAGCUUAUUUUAUGAACAAGAUGAAAAUAAGUUAUUUAUUGACUGCCACUGCUAUGCAACUUUUAACCAAGCAUUUAGAUCAAAUAUAUUUUGUUAAAUGUUUGACAGACUUCAGCGUUCUUUUCUAGGAUAAAGAUAUAUCACAAGGUUAUGAAGUUUAAAUAAUUACAGGAUUAGCAUUAAAAAGAGGUUGCGAUUGCCUUUGGACGAAUUAUUUGAAGCAAAUUAACCGUCCUUGCAUUGCACUGCUUAUUGCCAAUCACUUCAGAUAAAGACUGGUUUGUUGGGUGGGAGAGGUGUGGGGCUACAAACGGUUUGCAGAGUUAGAGGAGCAUUGUUUGAUUUACACCUAAUAGAAGCGAUCAGUGACAUAUGCGUUAUAUGGCGGGAGAUAGGUUUUCCCUUUGAGGGCGAGAGGCUGGUUUUCAUUUCUCAUGAAUCGUUUUGCUUUAUAUUCAUGCCAUAGGGGACACUAUAUACCAUCUUGAUGCGCUCCUUAUACCAUGCAAUCACUUCAGUCAUACGGUCAUAAAAUAUAAUAGAAAAACUGAGCGGGGUGAAGUAACACACCAGAAGCUUUGAAAGCGUUCAUUUGGGUGUAGUGCACAUCAAAGACUGUGGAGUAUCUCUAUUAAGGUAUAUUCGAAAAAGGGUGUGGUAGUUUACUCCUUUGACAGAUAUUGGGCAUAGAUUUUAACCGCGUGCGAGUAUGAAAUAGAAUAAGUUUUUUGAUUUCUGUAGUGGUAACCCCACGAACCUGGCGAGUCGCGGAGGACUCUUAGAUUAGUUUCUAAUCUUGCGUUGCAUCGUUGUCAGCUUUAAACAUCUGCAGUCUUCUCGAUGUCUUUGGGAUGGAACUGUAGGACUGAUCCAAGGUUUUCAGUGACAACAACCUUGUUGUGUACAGUGAAGCUACAUUGCGCAAACUCAAUAGCCUGUAAGGGAGGCGCAAAAAGCGCCGGGAGGGGGAGAGGUAGAAAAGCGCAAAAAGAAAAUGAAGAGCUCUUCCACAAUCCCCCACUCUUUCUUCCUUUUGUCCCAAUUCCCUUUCCACUUUCAACGCUCGCUACGCAGGCCUGAACACAACAACAGUCCAUUAUAUAGCUGGACGCUUAUCUAUUAGCAGGCACGGAUGCCAUUGAGUUUCACACUGUUAUUUCUCGAUCUGGAAGAAAAUAAAUCUGUGUUGCAAAUUCAAUCGCUGAUGAUAACGAUUGUGGUUCGAAUCACAAAUUAGAACUCAGCUUUAUUGCAACCUAUUAUAACUAACCCAUAUUUAUUUAUGAUUCAUUCAUUCAUUCUUUCAUUCAUGAUAACGAUUGUGGUUCGAAUCACAAAUUAGAACUCAGCUUUAUUGCAACCUAUUAUAACUAAUAUUUGCAUUGUUUCCCUCUUAAAGUAAAGAGGCAAGACUAAAGGAAAUCAAGCAAGUCAGAAAUAUUAAAUUCAGAGGAACUCAAGGUAAACUAAUCUCAUUUAACUUUUAUUAAGAAAAACAGCAAUUAUUAGAUUAUUUAACUAAUAUUUAACCGAAGAGUAUUGUACAGUACCGCAAAUGAUCCCCAACCGCAAAUGAUCCCGAGACCGCAAAUGAUCCCCAAAAUGGACCGCAAAUGAUCCUCGACCGCUAGUGAUCCCCAAAGUCGACCGCAAAUGAUCCCGUGAAAAAUUAAGGGAAUGGAUUGGAUCUUACGGGACUGAUUACAAAAAAGGACUGAUUAUAAAGAGGAACCUUUUUCUCUUGCCUUCUAGUGGAGGACGCCAGAUCUCAGGUCAAUUUGUACAAAGCGAAAAAAAAAUGGAAUAAAUCUGAAAAUGAUAUGGUUUCGCGAAUGCUUCAUCGGUGUUAAAAAAAAAAUCCUUAACUGUGUAUUAAAUUUGUGUAACGGCUAGAAGCUCAACUUGUCUACUGAGGAAUACAGCUGGGCACCCUUUACGUAACAAGCGCUUAAUUGACUUUACUGAUCUUUUUGGAAGUGUGGAAUUGAUUUUCAGAUAUUUAAUUAUGAUUAUUCUCUGAAGUGUUAAUUCUACGUGAUAAAAGUCACGACAUUUGUUUGUAACCCAAGUGUUUGUUACGAAACAAGACAUGAUUUAAAAUAAACAAACGUCAAAAUGCCCCCGAACUUAUCAAUGUUCGCAGAAUUCGGUUUAUUUCGAAAUAGCAACUUCGUUACAGCUAGAGGACUUUGAUUUUAUGCAAUGAAGAAGGACACGCUAAAUUCAUAACUGUAGUCCAUAACAGACAUUGUAUUACCUCAACGAACGUUUUGAUAUAUAAUUUCGUUUUCUUGGUGUUUAAAGCCCGAAAGAGUGUUUCCUAAUAAUAUACAGACGGUUCACAGUUCGAAACUGUAUGACAAGGAAUGCCAAGAAGUAAACGAUCACAUUCUCUGUGACAAAAAUUAUUAUUUUCAAAAGUUGAUAGUAAGUUUAGCCGAUUAAUUGAUUAUGAGAAAGUUCUUAUCUAUUUGGAAGUUAACUACAGUACGUUAAAGUCUACUGUUUUAAGCUUAAUUUUGAAAGUAGUAACUAAACAAGACACUGCGAUACGUUGCAGCUGUGUUUCUUUGAUUUAAUGAAGUUUUAAUAACAGUAUGUUGAAAGUUUAUUUUUUGUUUGCUUUUAUUUGAUUUAACGAUGUCUUGAAAGAAAUUUUUUCAAUUAGUUUUUAUUUAUGUAAUUAUUUGAGCAAAAUUUCGCUUUUAAUGUGACUUCUUGUAAUAAUAAUAAUAAAAUUGACACAAGGAUCCGCAAACUUGAGUCCAAGCCAUUCCUAUUUUUCUUUCGGGAUCAUUUGCGGUCGACUUUGGGGAUCACUUGCGGUCGAGGAUCAUUUGCGGUCCAUUUUGGGGAUCAUUUGCGGUCUCGGGAUCAUUUGCGGUUGGGGAUCAUUUGCGGUACUGUACAGUAUUCCUCUAUUUUGAAUCAACUAGAAUAUAAAGAGCCAACAAUUUGCGAAUGUUUUUUAAAUUGAGCACUUGCGAUGAACCCCUGUAGAUGUUAGCGGAAGGUUUCAUUAAACCUGCAUUAUUGGUAAGGGGUUUCAUAGAAGAGGCAAAACAGAAGUUUUCAGCUGCGGAAUACUUACGAAUAAAAUACCUUCAGCGCAUGGGCGAGAAGUAAUUUUUUUAUUUAACCAUUUUAAAAGAAAGACUUGAUCUGAGUUGCACUGCCAUUCGGGGGCUAAUGCAUGAGCCGGGUAGUCUUGCUUUGCUGAGGUGAAUUUUCUUAUUACAACAUCUCGACACUGGCCGGUGUAUUAGGCGUUUAUGGGAGGCGAAAAGGAGAAGAGAAGCGAAAAGUUCAAGCCCCAAGGAAAGCCUGAUGCUGAAGCCAUCUCGAUGCAGGGAUGCAAGCUAACCGGGCGGUGAUAAAAAAACUAGAUUUUUCUUAUCGCGUUUAAUUAACGUGCCGCUACUGUAUUGGUAAAGUGGGUCAUUCCUUGCAAACCAGGCCAUUCCAGCCUCCUCCUCAGGUGCUUCGUUUUUCGCAUGGUUUCGUAUUAACGCGAGCGCAAAACGCAAAACGCGAGUGUCUGGUGACGAAGCCCAAGGAACCAUGGGAAGCCGUAAAGAAGGGAGGCGAUGCAUGUCUCGCUCGUUUUCUCCUUCCCGUGUUCCUUUGCACGCAAAUUUUCAUCGCGAGAGAAAAAGAGAGAGAGAGAGACUUCUGGGUACGAGGCAGAGGCCGUUCCGUGUAAAAAAAAAUCAGCCUCUAAGGGUCCUCUUCUCUGGCCAAACGGGUUAUCGUAUUUGACAAUGGUACAGUGAAACCUGUAUUAAGCGGACACCCUUGGGGAAUGCUGUAGUGUCCGCUAAAUACAGGGUGUCCGCCUAAUACAGGUUUCGAUAGAUAAAGUCAUACGAGGUGUCAAAUGCCAUUGAAAUGAUCAGUGGAAACGUUUACAAUAGUCCCAGAGACUAUGACGAUAUACGUUUGCACUAAUUUCUUUAUCAAAGUGGACCAAUUUGAUCAUAGUACCAUAAACAUAGAUUGCAACUCAAAAUUGACGAAAUCAGAUGAGUGAAACAAGCUCUAUACAAACAAAACGAAAUAGAAAACAAUACUGUACUGAGAAAAUGAUCAAAUAAGUUCGUCAAGUCACGUUUUUUAAUGUAAAAAUCGAAAAAUUCGUGGGUGGCAAUUCGAGGCAAUCUUUCAUAUUUCAGGUGUCUGGCAUGUUGGGUGGUGGAAUUUAAUUACAAGUGUCCGUUUAAUGCAGGUUGGCAACAAUAGAAAUGACCAUUUCAGAUACUUUUUAGGUGUCCGCGUCCGCUUAAUACAGGUGUCCGCUUAAUAAAGGUUUCAUUUACAGAAAAUAAGGGAAAUAAAUUUGGGGACUUCGGCUACUGUCCGCUUAAUAGAGGGUGUCUGCUUAAUACGGUGUCCGCUUAAUACAGGUUUCACUGUACUUUCGUGCACGUAGUAAAUGUUUCAUGCAAUCGUAAAUCUAAGAGACUUCAGAAUAACACUUUGUUCCCAUGAGUCCUGCUCAGUAGCAUAAACAGUCAAACGCAGGAGAAUACUCAAUCAUAAUCUGUCGGUGAGACCUAUCUUUUGUUAUUUUCUUUAUCUAGGUAUACUUUGAAGAUAAUUCAAGAGACUUACAAUUGUUGAGACUUGACAAAGACCUACAUCCGACUAGAAUACAACCUCACUCGAUAAAUGUCCCUGAAUACCUCGGUGAGUUAUUUACCUUGAGCUAAUUCAUACCGUUUAAAUAAAAAUCAUUCUCAAACCCCAUCAAAGACAAAACAAAACUUAUCUUCUGUUAAUCCUAACUUCAUUUCUUUUCGAUGAGUUGCAGCGACUCUUAAACCAUCCAUGGCAAAGUUCUCAGGAAAGAGAAGACGCCCACACGUUAUCUCGUCAGAAAAAAACUCCGCUCACAAUACGUUUGGCAAGAUUAAUAAGGAAUAAUUAAAACAUAUGUUUGUAUAUAAUCAUAGUUUAAAUACUUUGGAAACAGGGAUUCUGUAUGCUGAAGUAACUCAACAAAAGGGCAAUUGACUAUCUCACCGAGACCCGAUAAUGCACCUUGUUUAUCCCGCAAAAUGUUGCAUAACCAUUGUCUUGGAUUUCUCUUGGGAUGUCGGUAAUGCCCAGGAGAAAUUGGAAACAAUUGUUCUGUAAAAUGUUGUUGGAUAAACAAGAUGCAUUAUGACCUUGGUGAAAAUGGUGAAUAGUGUAAUGUCAAUGUUAAUGGUUAAAAGUGUUAUCUUAUCUUGCUGAUCGUCCUCAACGCAUAGUGUUGGACAAGUUUUCUUCGCAGCCUCUUUGAUUAUCUUGUGGAGUCUCUCAAGGCUCUGUUUUGGGGCUAUAUUUCUCCAUUGGAGGAUGUAAUUACGGCUCACGGCUUAAACUUAAUGACGUAUGCCGAUGAUUUUCAGCUUUACAUUAUUAUGAGACAAAGUAAUCGUGCUACUUACGCUUUGUUUCCAAGAUAUCAUGUCCUGCUCUUACAUGCUUAAAUGUAACCCAAAGAAGACUGAAAUCAUUCACUUCUCCUCCGUUUUUUCACCGGCCGAACCAGUUCCUUCUAUCAAGGUUGGACAUUGUUUAAUUUCUCUGAGUAAUGAAGUCAAAGACCUUGGGGUCAAACUUGACCGCCAUCUCCCUUUUAAAACUCACAUCAACAACAUUUGUCGCUCCGCCUCACCUUCUACUCAUCUCAUCGGAAAAAUUAGGAACCUUCUAUCUACAUCUACUACGAAACGUCGUAUUCACGAAUUUGUCUCUUCAAAACGGAUUAAUACAACAGCAUUCUUCACGGCCUACCCUCCUACGAGCUAUAGAAUUUACAACGGUUGCAAUAUACAGCCGCAAGGUGAACUGUUAGAGCAAAAACGUCGGCUCAAAUUACUCCAAUCUUAAAGAGUUUGCACUAACUCCCAUUAAAAGAAAGAAUAGGCCAUUUGCACUAAGAGGUUAUCUGACGUCGUUUUUAGGAAAAUGAAAGUUAUGAUUUUGCCUUCGAAAAGCGAUUUGCGGGUCAUAUCUUAAACAAAAUAAUAGUUAUUUGGUUUUUCAAACCCGCACCACUUUCUUAAAAUGAGUAAGUUCGUAGCUUGUCACGUGACCAAAAUGUGAUUUUUAAAAUUAUGAAUUACCUCUUUCUGAACACAGAUUUUGCACUUAAACUUCAAGGAAAAUGUUGAAAAGAUGAUGUGGUAACGUUUACAGCACAUCCUGAGCGUAACUAUCACACGUUUAACAAGAUAUAAGCAAAAUGUAGUUUUGACCGCCAUGUUGGAGGGCAAGAGUAUGCCCUCCAACAUUGCGGGCAAUAUAAAUCAUACUACUUUGUUGGAAAAAUCAAAGUCCCAUAAAAUAUCUCCCUUAAAUGCGUUUCCUCUCAAAUUUCGGGUGUGAGAUAAUUUUUAUGUGCUCUGUCAAUUUUUGGCAUCGGCAAGAUUCCAACUCAUUGUUUAAAGGAGGUAUUGGUCACGUGACCUCUUAGUGCAAGUGGCCUAUUAAUUUUAAGAUUCUGUUGGAACCGUACAAAAUCCUCCAUGGCUUUGCUCCAACCUAUUUAAAUGAGCUCCUAUUUAACUACACUCCUCACCGUUAAAUACCGUCGAGCAGCUUAAACCUGCUGUCUAUUCCAAAGGCUAGAAUGGUUACUGAUGGCGACAGAUCAUUCUCUUUAGAGAUCAUCAAGCACUCGUAUAUGAAAAUAAAAACUGCAAGGGUUUUAUUGACCAAAAGCAUGAUGUCAAGUUGUCCAAAAUAUAAACGUAAAAACCUGAUAAACCUCUGUGGACAGGCUGUUUUAGAUUCAUUCUGGAGACAAAUAUGCGCUUGUUUUUAGUUACUUGACACUGUCAGAUGAGUCUUUCAUUACGUCAUCGUGAUGACAUCUAUGUCGGACACAUCUCUUAUACAGACAGCCUUAAUUUGGUGUCCGUAUUACAGAGAUCCAACAGUACUUGGCGUCUUACAAUUCUAGUAUCCUCUUUAAAUUGAUUACUUGGAAUAAUAAACACUUCUUGAUCUUUUUCUUGAAAUUGUUUUGCCUCAGAAACGAAAGUUGAAUCCACUGAAGAGCUUCAAGUACCACAAACAUCAGCACAUUGGAAAUAAGGUGUGAACAGUCUUUCGUCUUUUUGCGCGCUCACAAUCACUUCAGCUUUCUUUAUUUUCAACCCAGGUUACAAUUUACCCUUCAUACGUUUUUAUCACAUCACACGAAUGCUUGUUUCAUUGCUUUUCCUUGCAUGUUGUCUCUCAGGAACUGUUGCCUGGUCUGCAGAGCGGAAUGUCGCUAGUCUCAUUCUCAGCCGUUAUUAGGGUUGUCAGGCAAAGCUCCUCCCCACUAAUAUAAUAGUGGGGAGGGGCGUUGCGUGACGACCCUAAUAAAGGCUGCGGAGGAGACUAGGAUGUAAUAAUUAUAUAACUUGCGGAGAGAAUAUUUCUGUGUCCUGCAAACAGUUUACCCAGGGACAUAAUAAAGGUGAAGAAAACUUAAUCAGUAGUUGGUAUACGUCGCUUUUCUGUAUGGGAACAGAACAUGGAUGGUCUGUUAGCCAAUCAUCACACAGAUGAAAGGAAGGAACACGUGAAGAGGCCCUAAGAACGUGUGCGUGGGGGUGGCUAUGGUUUGGUGACCAUCAAACGAGUCUCGUCCCACAUGUUUUGUCCCAGUCUGGCCACUAAAUGACCAAAUGAAGUCAUUCGGAAUAAUGUCAUCCACUUCCUACUCUCUGCAGGCGAAAGACCUCAAAUAAGGGUUUUAAAUUCCGUUAACACUUUUGAAUGGUUAAUGAUGCUACGGAAAGUACUUAUGGGAAAAAGUGAUUCGUCAAACAUUAAUCAAAUGGACGUUUUGUAUGUCGACCUGUGUAGUUUUAUGUCUGUUAGUGAAACCUUGUACUCAAGAAAAAAACGCAUAGCAAUAUGCUAUCGACGCAAACAGAAUCAGGCUACCGUUGAAAAUUUAUUAAUUGUUAUCGGUUUAAAGAUUAAUGGACGAGAGGAGCAUCAAAGAGCAGUUUAACUGGACAUUGUUUGUAUCAGGGGGAGGGGGGAGGUAACUCUAUUGUUUUCCACCUAAGUUUCUUGACCCACUCCGCCUGCCAGUAUGACGUCAUAUAGUAACGGCAAGAGCCUCGAGUCGCUUGUGCAGAUUAGCAAGGGAUCCGACAGUUAUUUGGACGAGCGAAGUCGAGGGAAAGCUAACAAGCUAGCAGAUAUCGCUAUAUAUCGCUUAUUUGAUCGAAUGUGUGUGAGCUUUGGUGUUGCUAUAAUCUGCCUGUGUAAACCGUUUUGAUAUUUUGUGUCCGUGAUUGUAUGAUUUUGUUAAUUUGUUUUGCGGGCCGUGUUGCGGGAUCGCCAUCUAUUUCACGGGACCGGCAAGGUCAUCAAAAAUUAAAUUUUUUCUUUUCUCUAAACUAGGCAAGGUCUAGUCUCCAGAAUAGGAGGUUCCAUUCACAGAUCACGCAUGUUUGUAUUUCAUCUAUUUUUUGCUAAUUAAAUGGGCCUAAAUUCAUAUCAUUCCUUUCGAGUGUGGGCCUCUGUUGAUAUCCUAAUUCUCCACAAAUUCAGUAAAGCUAGUUCGAUCGAUUAUCUACAUCGAGUCGGCCCUUUGAACCCGAAAUAAUGCGAAAUAGCUGUGAAAUACGCGCUUAAGCUAAUUUUCCUCAAAUGUAUAUUUGAAUUCAUGAUAAAUACAGCUCCAACAGCUUCAAACAGCGUCUAUGGCAGGGAAAAAUUGUUUUUGUAUGGCAAAAUUAAUUGUUCAAAUCAUGCGUGUCACUGUGGUGCAGUGAUCAAGGAGUUGCUUGCUUGAUAAACCCGAUUCGACUCCCGCCGACGCUGUUUCCUUUUUCUUUGUACCGUUUGUUUUUCCUGUUUGGUCUAUUUUUUAAACACUAUUUUUCCUUUUGGCCUUUUUUCCUUUAUUCUUACUGCUGACUCCGCCGGUCAUGCACUUGGAUCAAUGAUAUUUCAAGCUUAAGUCCGGAGUUUUAUUUUGGAAAAGGGAUUUCAAAAGCUCUUGAUCUGCAUACUGGCCAAGCUUACGACCAGAUAAAAACCAUAAGCGCUGCCAAGACAUGUCCCUCCUCUGAAACAGCUGAAUUUUUUUCAAUGUUAGUUGACAUCAUGACAAACAACACACAGUACACCACAAACUGUACUAAUUUACACCCAACACCCACCAGUGACCCACUGGCGAAAGUUAAACUUGCCUUUUGUACAUCGUCUUAAUCAUCAAUAUUAUUACCCUAAAAUCUCCACUGGGUUUGCCCCCAAAAAAUAAUUAAACGAAACCUUUUAUUGGUUUUUGGGAUUUAAUUACAGAAUUACAGGUGUAUGCCCAAUACAGUAUUAAAAUGUGGUAAAGCAACAAGAUUCAAUGCUCACAGUCUCUCACAAAUACCUGUCAUUUAGCUUCCUCUUUCAACGCUACAGCUACGCGAACUUUUAGAGGAAUGAUAUGGGGUUCCACUUACUCUGAAGAGCUGAAAAUACGCACAAUGUAAAGUAUAAUACAUCCUUUGAUGAACCUCCUAUUGCUGUGUCUAAACUCCUCAAUCUUGCUGUGCACUGGCCCUCAAAAGUGUGACCGGUCGGUAUGAUUGCCCGUAAAAAUUGCUCGAUGUUAGAAAGGAAUCUUUAAAAUUCAUUACUUCCUUGGACAUUUCAUUCCCAAAAAGUACUUAAGUCUAGUUUUCUAUGACAAUAGAAACCUUAAAACCUUUAAAUCCAAGAAAUCGGAAUAGUAUUUCCGUGAUAAAAUCGAAAUUUCUAUCUGUCUCUUCGAUGAACACUUUGCUCGCCAUUUCAAAAGUCACUUACGCGAGACAUGACGUCAUACUGGCAGGCGGACUGUACCACAGAUUUUCUUGGAGACACCUUCCCCCUUCCGGUUUGUAUAAUCAUAUGACGUUCUCAAACUGCAAAAUUAUAGCUGAUAGUUACUAGCAGGAAAAAUGAUAAGUUAUUUUCUGUCUUAGUUCUGCCAGCCAUUAAGAAAAAAACAACGGCUUAUAGUCGGUAAACCGUGCUACCAGAUAUUUUGAGGUAAAAGUAAAGGGCCUCGUUUCAACGACGCGAGUCCAGUUUUUGAAAUAAAAUAAAAAUGACAAGAAGUAUCCCGCUUGUUUAUAUUGGCCUCUCCUUUAGACAGAAAGAUCGCUCUCAUAAAUCCUAUAAACGUGUAAGCUGACAGCUGUUGAAGAGUAUUUUGUAACACUGGCCUUUAAGGAGCGUACCUAUUAACUUCUAAAAAGGCAAGAGAGUGCAUCAUUGCGAGUAUAAGUCAGCCUGUGAGCAAGCUCUCCUUCUGAGGGAGUCGUAAGAAGUCACGCGAGAGCCGCACGCAAAAAGAGACGUGAGUGCGAGGGAAGGAGAAAGAAAGGAAUUCUCCUUUUCCUGCUCCCCUCUCGCUCGCGCCUUCUCCUACGGCUCGCUUCGCUCGCCACUCGAAAUGGAAGGAAACGAAUGAAAUGCAAGGACGUUUAAGCAAGAUUCCAAAUUGUUGGGUGCAAAAAUAAGACUAUUAGCUAAGUGCAAGAUAUGGAGGUUUGUUUGCAAAUCAUUACAAAUGUAGUUUUUUUAUAAAUCACUAAGGUCUUUCCUAUAAAGUUUUACGAUCCACCGUUAAAGUUCAGUUCCAGGCGGUAGUUGAGUUGAAAAGCCGAAAUAGGAUCUCGAUGAUCUCACAGAAAAAUAUAGGACUGUGAACAGUCUAGAGCCUUGGAUAUCCAUGAUUCCGGCAAAAUUUCUCGGAAAAUCACGCACGUGAUUACGCUUCACCUAAGUGUAAGAAAAGGUACCACGACAGUCGUUGUCAUAGACAAUAACUGUCCAUCAAUGGGCGCGCUAGAAUUCGACUGUUGCAUAAAAAUAGAAAGUCCAAGGUCCAUGACAACAGUUCAUUUCUGAUCAAGUUACGCAUAAUCGUCCCACCCAUUUUGGACCGACCAUGGAUGUUCAACAACUGUUCAGAAAUCUUCAGAAAGAAGCAGAGUGUCCGUUGUGUUUAGAGACAGUUAACAAUCCUAAGACUUUGCCAUGUCUUCACUCAUUUUGCCUAAAGUGUCUCGACAAACAUGCAGGGUUCGCCAGAAGGCAGCUGCAAGCGACGAUCAAAUGUCCAGUUUGUCAGACAUCUUUUCAAAUCCCCGAAGGCGACUCGUUCAAGAACUUGCCCACAUCUUAUCAUCUCAAACGAUUGGUGGAUGUUCUGGCUCUUAAAGAUAGCGGCGCACACGCCCAGAAAUGUGGCAGCUGUGAUGAGAACAACAGUGCUUCCUCGUACUGUUUCGUCUGCCAGAGCUUUCUAUGCCGUCCUUGUUUUGAAGCACACCAACGCUUGAAGGCCACAAGAUGUCAUCGUAAUGUUGUGAUAGAGAAAUUGCAAGCACAAGAUGUGGAGGAUUUGAUCAACAGACCCGUCAUGUGUUUACAGCAAUAUCACGAAAAUCAACCGCUGGAAUUUUAUUGCGAAGAAUACAAAGUUCCUAUUUGCCACAAGUGCAGUGUAGUUAGCCAUAAUCGACACACCAUGACGGACACUCAGAAAGCAGCACAAGUACAGCAGAUGCAAAUGACGGAUGCUUUGGAGAAAGUGAAAGCGGAAACCGUUGUUUACGAGAAAAAAGUACGGCAACAGACCGAGUUAAUGGACAAGAACAAGAAAGAAAUUAUGUCGUGCGAAAAGAAGAUGACUGAUUUAGUGGAAGAUUUGAUUCGCGAUUUGCGGGAACAUGAGAGGAUCAUGAAAACCAAAUUUGCUGAAAUUUAUGAAGCGCAACAAAAACAUCACGCAACACAAGUAGAAAACUUUGAACUGGUUUUGACUCAACUGAAAAGUUGCGUUGAACGAGCUGAGAGUAUCGUAAAAAGAAACAUCAGUGCUGAAAUGCUGCAAACAAACCAAGCUAUUAUUAAACGCUGUUAA